UGAUAUUCCAGGCUGCCUAUAAAAUUUCGGUAAGAGAAAAUAUGGAAAUAUUUCAACUUUAUGAUAAUUUUAUGAUCCUUAGUUUAACCCCUACAUGUUGAGCUUCCAAUAUUGCAUUUAUUUUGUGAUUUCCCACAAAACACUGAGAGAAAAUCUCAGUGAAGUCCACCUUAAAGAGGAUAUUUUUCAGUCUACGAGGAAAAUAAGGAGCAUGUUCUGCAUUAAAUUCCAUGGUCAACAGGUAAGCAUGGGGGAUGGGGGGAUAAUUUUCAUCAAUAUCACAGAAGAAUGAUUACCCUGGCAUAAUUAGAAGGUUUCUCAGGCAUUUUAAUUAUUCAGCAAUUGGAUCAUUCACACGGCAGGGCUUCCCCUCAAGGGGCGGGGCCAACCGUGUCUGUGGGGCGGGGCCAACCUUGUCCGCAUGGCCAGCUGGAUUGGCAGGUCAUGGGGCGGGCCAGCGCAUGCGCACUGGCCGGUCCGCGGCCGCCGGUGGACCAUGGAGGCGCCGAGGCCCUUUGCACAGGACUGGUACGUCCCGUGGCUCCCCCUGACGCGAGGGGCCGAUUUGACGCUGUGGCUCUGUGAGCUCUGGCUGCUACUGCUGACGUCCGGCUUGUACGCGGGUUUACUGCCGCACGAAGAGGACGUGAACUUUAUCAAUGAGUACGUGAACCUCCACAAUGAACUCCGAGGCAAGGUCAGGCCCUCAGGGGCUAACUUGCGCUUCAUGACUUGGGAUGUAGCUUUGUCACGGACUGCUAGAGCAUGGGGGAAAAAAUGUGUGUUUGAGCGUAAUACUCAUUUAGAAGAAAUAAAAAUGGCCCAUCCUAAAUUUAAUGGUAUUGGUGAAAAUAUGUGGGUCGGCCUUGAAAAUGAAUUUACUGCAAGUAUUGCUAUCAGAAGUUGGUAUGCAGAGAAGGAAAGGUACCAUUUUGGAAAUGGCACUUGCUCUGGUGACUGUUCUAAAUAUAUGCAGCUUGUUUGGGACAAGUCUUACAAAGUUGGUUGUGCUGUUACUCCGUGUUCAGAAGUUGGACGUAUUAAAUAUGCAGCACUUUUCAUAUGCAACUAUGCACCAGGAGCAACUCUAAGAAGAAAGCCUUAUCAACAAGGAGUAGUUUGUUCUCAAUGUAACGAAAGUGACAGAUGCACAGAUUUUCUAUGCAGCAAUGCAGAUCGUGAGGAAGCCAUAUAUUAUCAGUUUUGGUAUCCAAGAUGGGAAGUGCCCCGGCCACUUGUUUGUGACCCACUCUGCUUCUUAAUUUUCUUUUUGAGAACACUAAGUUUUACAUUAUGUGCCACAAUUGUUUUGAUAGUACAGUCUUAUUUUCCAAAUAUAUUAACGGAAGAACAGAUGACAUUUCCUCCUGAGGUAACAGAAAAAGAGGAAGAAGAGGAGGAGGAAAGGGAGGCAGAGGAAGAAGAAGAAGAAGAGGAGGAGGAGAAAGCAGAGGAGGAGGAGAAGGAUGAGGAUGAGGAUGAGGAUGAGGAUGAGGAUGAAGAUGACUAG